UCUGUACUGCCGGAAGUAGGGAGAGGGGGCGAUAAUAUGGUUGCGCGCGCCAGUGGACGUUCCGGGUUUGGGUAACCUGAGGGCUGGAGUGUAAUUGUCGCUAAAGUUUAAAGGCUCCGAGGUGCGCGGGUGGAUAUAAUUCCUGGCUUUGCUAGAAGAAGCAUAGUGCGCGCUGAGGUGCGUUUCUAGUGUAAGUGUGCACGUAUCCUGGAAGCCGGUAAAGGAGCCUUGGUGGCGCCGUGGUUAAAGCUCUCUGCUGCUCCCGGAAAGGUCGGCAGUUGGAACACCCCAACCGCUCGGCGGGAGAAAGACGUGGCAGUCUGCAGCAGUGUGCUUCCGUAAAGAUUUGCGGUCUUGGAAACCCCAUGAAGCAGUUCUAUUCUGUCAUAUAGAGUCGCUGUGUAUCCUGUGCCUUACCUGAUUGAGGGCUCUGAGUCCACUUCUGUGGUCUUCACCUUAAUCAGACAGACACCAUGGAGGCACCUCCAGUCACCAUGAUGCCUGUCACUGGGGGCACCAUUAACAUGAUGGAGUACCUGCUUCAAGGAAGUGUUUUAGAUCACAGCCUGGAAAGCCUCAUCCACCGCCUUCGUGGUUUGUGUGACAACAUGGAACCUGAGACCUUCCUUGACCAUGAAAUGGUAUUCCUCCUUAAGGGCCAGCAGGCCAGCCCAUUUGUUCUAAGAGCCCGGCGCUCUAUGGAUAGGGCAGGGGCGCCCUGGCACCUGCGCUACCUGGGACAGCCAGAAAUGGGAGACAAGAACCGCCAUGCUCUGGUACGAAGCUGCGUGGACAUUGCCACGUCUGAGAACCUCACCGACUUCCUGAUGGAAAUGGGCUUCCGCAUGGACCAUGAGUUUGUCGCCAAGGGACACUUAUUCCGUAAGGGCAUCAUGAAGAUCAUGGUGUACAAGAUUUUUCGCAUCCUGGUGCCAGGGAACACAGACAGCAUUGAGGCCUUGUCACUCUCCUAUCUUGUGGAACUAAGUGUUGUUGCACCAGCCGGGCAGGACAUGGUCUCUGAUGACAUGAGGAACUUUGCCGAGCAGCUGAAACCUCUGGUUCACCUAGAGAAAAUAGACCCCAAGAGGCUCAUGUGACUAAGAGGGGCUGUCCGUUGUGACCUGUCCUCACCUGUCACAAAAAAGAAGGGAUUAUAAAUAUCCCACUUUCCCCCCACCAGCCAGGCAGGAAGGAGGACAGUGAGUACUUGAUUCUUUGUCCUGUUUUCUUCACGUGGUGAUGUUACUUUUGUGACAGCCUUUUUAAAUGAAAGGCUCAGAAUUAUACAAGAGUCUAACUAAUGCCUCCUGCAUGAAGAGGGGAAACUGGAAUAAAUUAGCUGUUGGAGAGAAAAAUCUCUUAAAUCUUUUUGCCAUUUGUGUAAGAAGUUUGUAAUGUAGAGGCUGUGACCUUGUAUUGUGUGGUAAUAAAGGCUGUGAAGAGCAAUGUCUGUGUAAUUCUGUAAUUCUUAUUCUUUCCUCUUUUAAAUUUUCAUACAGAUGAUAGUUUUUUUACCUUUUGUAAAAGUGAUAUAUGUUUGUUGUUGGAAAUUUUUUAAAUAGAGACAAACAAAAAUAAUUUAAAAUAAUGUUUAAUCCUGUUAUCCAAAGAGGGAGUCCCUGGGUGGUACAGGUGGUUAAGCGCCCAACUCCCAAAUGAAAGGUUGGUGGUUUAGUCUACCUAGAGGCGCCUCAGAAGAAAGGCUUGGCAGUCUACUUCCAAAAAACCAGCCACUGACAACACUAGGAAGCACAGUUCUCCUCUGACUCACAUGGGGUCUCUGAGUCGGAAUCAGCUUAACAGUAACUUGUUUUUUUUAAUCCAAAGAGUUGUACUAUUUCUAUUUCCAUGUAUAUCCUUCUAGUCUUUUUUUUUUUUAAUGUGUAUAUAUGAGAUACAGCAAUGAUUGUGAGAAUGGCGCAGGACCAGGCACUGUUUCAUUCAGUCAUACACAGGGUCACUCUGAGUCAGGAACUGACUCAGGGGCCCUUAACAACAACAGACGAGAUAUAUUAAGUUUAUAAGAAUAUUUGGUAUAUACUGGUUUGUAGCCUCCUUUUUUCAUUUGAUGUAUCAUUAGCAUCUUUUUAGGACAUUAGUCUACAGUGUCCAUUUGUUUAAAAAAAAAAAAAAAAAGCUCAUUUAUUGAGUUGUUACAUGUCAGUGCUGUCCUAAAUGCUUUAGGUACGCUAACUUACGCAAUCCUCAUGACGGUCCCGUUUUAUAAACAGGGAAACCGAGGUGCAGAGAUUAAUGAACUUUCUCCAGACUAUACUAAGAAGUAGAGCUGGAAUUUAAACAAUGUCAUUUGUAAUUGCUGUUUGUAUUCCAUCAUAUGGGUGUUCUAUAAAUUAUUUAAUUGGGUCCCCUACUAUUGGAUUUUUAGUUUGGUCCCAAUUUUUUGCUUUUAUAAACAAUGCUGUAGUGCUUGUGCUUUUAAUUAAAUCUUUGUUGACAUCUACGAUUGUUUCUUUAGGAUAAAUUCCAGGGAACUAUUGAGUUGAAGGGUAUGUACUAUUUUAUGACUUCUGUCAUGCGUUGCCGCCCAGAAAUAUCCCAGUGUUCACACCUACCGUGAGUGAGGUUUCUUGACACUGUUGCCAACAUGGGUGUUGUAAAAACUUGUUUUUCCCAUUCGAUGACAGAUGGUAAUUAGUUUUAAUUUUUUUUUUUAAAUAGCCAUCAGUGAGGUUCAAAUUUAUUAUGUUUAUUGAGCAUUUUUCUCUUAUAUGAAUUUCCUUUUCAUUGAUUGCUAGUCUUUUCCUUUUUAAUUUGUGAAAGCUUUUAUAUAAUAUUUCCCAUUUACAACUUUUAAUUUAAUGGAGUUUUUUUUAAGUGAAAGUUCUUCAUGGGAUAAAUGUUGAUCGUUGAAAUAUUUAUAGUAGAAUUUUUAUUACAGUGAAGAGUGGUUUGCUAAAAAUUGUAGGUUACUCAAAUUUUUCAUUUUCUUCUGGAACUUCCUCUUAGUUAUCAUCCUGGCUGAGCUACAUUGGACAAAUAAUCUCUUUGCAUCUCAGUUUGCCACUCAAAGAUGAGAUAAAUACUUUGUUAGAAUGCUUUGAGAUACAAGUAACAGAACACUUACCCAAAAUUACUUUAAACAAUAAGGAUGGCAUUAACCAAUCUAAUGAAUUAAGUCGCAAAAUGAGAGCAUUUCCUAAAAAUUGGCUAGUUGGUUGUUUCACUGGCUCUGGGAUCCUUUUCUUGGCUUUCCCCUGCAUGUUUGCAAGAUAGCUUUGUUUUUUUCCCUCAGGUUGCAGAAGUGAGAAAAUCUUAUUCCUCUCAUAGCAUAUUACAUGGUUCAGGCAAGGCCCCUUUUUUGUUUCAUAGUCUUCCCUUUUAUUCCUAAACUCUACUGUUCUUAUUCCCUCUGUCUUGUAAGUACCCACUCUGAUGUGUUCAAUGUAUGUUCGUGACGCCUGUCUUAUAAAAUACAUAGUGUUACGUGACUGUUCAAUUCAGGUAAAUGAAACAGCACUAUAAAUUUUGUUCUUUUUUUUUGACCUUUUAAGUUAACAUUGUUUUUGUUGCUACAUGUAAACCUAACUUAGAACUUCCAACUUGCAUAUGCUUUUAUAUUAAUGUAGUAAUGUUGUUGUUAUUAGGUGCUGCCAAGUUCUACUCUGGCCUAUAGGGUCGCUAUGAGUUAGAAUUGACUCAGUGGCAGUGGGUUUUGGGGUUUAAUGGAUGUAAGUGGCAGUUUUUAUUUGUAUUUCUUUGGCUAUAAUUAAAUUUGAGCCUUUUUUCUUAUACUUUCUUAUAUUUGAAAGUGUAUACACUUUUUAGUAUAUGAAACCAAGGUAUUUGCAGUAAAUUAGUUUUUCCGUUAGCAUUUGAGGAAGUCAUUUUCUAGCCACUGCUUUCGUAUAUUAAGUUCCUGUGUAUAUACUUUAUUUCUGAGCUCUCCAUUCUAUUCCAUUCAUCUUUCUAUUGUGUCGUGGCCAGCAACACAAUGUUUUUAUUACUGUGGAUUUGUGGAAGAGCCAGAUUUACCAGUAGGGCAGGUAACCCUACUUUUUUUCUUCCUCAAAAUAGACUUAGCUUUCAUAAGCCUUUAUUCUUUCAUGUUUAUUUUAGAGUAAGUUUUACUUUCUCAAACAUUACAAUUGGAAUUUUUGUUGGAAUUUUAUUGAAUAUGUAUAGAAUAAUUUAGGGGAAAAUUGGUGUCUUUGCCUGGAAUUGAAUUGUUUGCCAGAAUUCAGUGUGACUGGCUCCCUUACCUCUUUCAGAUCUCUGUUAAAAUGUCAGAGAAGCCUUCCCUGACCAUAGUCAAUUAAGUAGCGCACACGCAUAGCAUCACUCUCUAUUCCUUUACCUUAAUUUUUUCCAUGGCAUUUAUUACUCUCUGAGUUUAGAUUAUUCAUUUAAACAGCAGAACAGUGCCUGGACUAUAGUAACCAUUCAGUGAAUAAUUUGUUAAAACAAAUGAAUUAAAUCUUUACAAUGGUGAGGUUAUCCCAACUAUGCAAUUUAUUCAGAUUUUCUUACGUCCCUGAAUAGAGCUUAAAUUUUUUUCUUGAUAGCCUUCUUAGUCAUUUUUUUUAGGUUAAUAUUACUAUAGACCAGAAAUCAGCAAGUUACACCUGCACCCAUUGGUCUGCUGCCUGUUUUUUAAAUGAAGUUUUAUUGGAACACACCCGCAUUCAUUCAUUUAAAUAUUAUCUAUGGCUGCUUUUGUGCUACAACAACAGGGUUAAGUAGUUGUGACAGAGACUGUUUGGUCUGCAAAGCUGAAAAUGCUUAGUAUUUUAUGUUUACUAUCUACCUACAGGAAACACUGGUGGUGUAGUGGUUAAGUGCUACAGCUGCUAACCAAAGGGUCGGCAGUUUGAAUCUGCCAGGCGCUCCUUGGAAACUCUAUGGGGCAGUUCAACUCUGUCCUCUAGGGUCGCUAUGAGUUGGAAUCGACUCGACGGCACUGGGUUUGGUUUUUGUUUUGGAUCUACGUACAGAAAAUAGUUUGCUUAUCCUUGCUAUAGACUAUAGUGUAGUUACUAUUAUAGGUAGUAUUAGAUUUUUUAUUAGAUUUUUUAAUUGGUUUUCCCUGCUAUACAACACUAUCGAUUUUUGUAAGUUGAUUUCUUCACUUGCAAACUUGCUUAACUCUUUUAUAGUUCCAAUAGUUUGUUGAUUCUGUUGUAGUUUCUAAAUAGCUGAUCAUAACAUUGGCAAGCAAUGACGAUUGUAUCUCUUUGCUUCCUAGUCUUACAUGGCUCCGUCAUCUUUUUCUUGUCUAAAAGCUUUGGCCAGACUCUCCAAUACUACAGUAACUACUAGUAGUAAUAAUGAGCAUCCACGUUUUAGUCCUGAUCUUGAUGUUAUUGCAUCAAAUUUCUCUAUUAAGUAUGAUGCUUACUGCAGUUUUCUUUUUUUGAACAUUUUAUUGUAGUGUAGGUGAAAGUUUACAGAGCAAAUUCGUUUCCCAUCCAACAAUUUAUACGUAUUUUGUUUCAAGACAUUAGUUGCAGUCCCCUCAAUGUGACAGCCCUCUGCCUUUCUCCCUGGUUUCCUGUUUCCAUUCACCCGUCUUUCCUCCCCUUCCGAACUUUGGUUUCGGGCAAAUGCUGCCCUUUUGUUCUCCUAUGGUUGAUCGUUCUGAGGAACGCUUUCCUCUUGGGUAUUAGUGUUCACUUUAUAGGCCUGUGUGUUUGGUUAAAAGGUGAUCUCCAGGAGUGGAUUCAGUUCUGUGUUUGAAGGGUAUCUAAGGGCCAUAGUCUCAGGGGUUCUAGCAGUCUCUAUCAGACCAAAGUCUGGUCUUUUUUAUGAAUUUGAAUUUUGUUUUACAUUUUUCUUCGACUCUGUCCAGGACCUUCUAUUGUGAACGUGAUCAAAGUGGUUGGUUGUGGUAGCCAGGCACUGUCUAGUUCUGGUCUCAGGCUAGUGGAGGCUGUGGUUCAUGUGGUCCAUUAAUCCUUUGGACUUAAUUGUUUCCUUGAGACUUUGAUUUUCUUUACUCUUCUUUGCUCCAGAUGGGAAGAGAUGAAUAGUUGUAUCUCAGAUGGCCACUCGCAAGCUUUUUUUUUUUUAAUUGUACUUUAAGUGAAAGUUUACAAAUCAAGUCAGUUUCUCACACAAAAACUUAUACUCCCAAUUGCUCUCCCCCAGUGAGACAGCCCGCUCUCUCCCUCUUCAUGUCAGUUUCACCAGCUUCUAACUCCCUCUACCAUCUCAUCUCCCUUCCAUGCAAGAGAUGCCAACAUAGUCUCAAGUGUCCACCUGAUCCAAGAAGCUCACUUGUCACCAGCAUCCCUCUCCAACCCAUUGUCCAGUGCAAUCCCUGUUUGAAG